ACGAGGGUGAAACCUGCCAAAACGAAAGUUACGGCAAUUUUUAUUUAGAUAAACAUUUUGCCCAACUCUGUCCACCAAAUGCUAUUUUGAUCGGCCAUAGGUCUCCUUCGAAAGUACAGCCAAUAACACACUUACAAAAAACAAUACAUAAAAUUACUUAUAGAAAAACAUAGAUAUGUAUGUAAUAAACAUUCUAUUAUUCAUUUGUAGUGUACAGUAUAGUAUAGGUAUGUAAUUACAUAUAUACAUGUUCUAAGAGAGUGAUGUUUUGAAAAUAAACACAAUCAUAUGUUACAUCUUCAUACAUAUCUUCAUAUCCCUCUGGUUUAUGAAGGAGAAUUACAAUUACGAGUGCGAGUGUGACAUACAAAUAUACAAUAUACGAUACGUAUGUCAUAUAUGUAACAUAACAGUGGUUGACUAUGUUAUCUGUAAUUGAUUCUAUGAUAAUGCUUUGUGAGGAUAUUUUGUUGAUUGUGUAACUAAAUAAUUAUUUUGAUAAUGGAAACAGUUCGACCUUGUGGUUGUAAAGGAAUAAGAUCUUGUCUUUUCUGUGAAAAAGAAUAUAACAUAACGAAACCGAAUCUAAAACUUCAAUUAGAGAAAUGGACUUCUUAUGUCUAUUGUGUACAUUGUGACAAAGCAUGGCCUGGCUGGGACAUUGAUCUUUAUAAAAAUCACCCAAAUCACCAGGGUAAUCCUAUAGAAUUUCCUGGAGUCUAUAUAAAGCUGAAUUUCUUAAAUUCCCAUGAAAUUGCUUCACUGAUGGAAGCCCUGAAUAAUAUUCCUUGGGAAGCUUCACAAAGCGGAAGAAGAAAACAGAAUUUUGGUCCAAAAUGCAAUUUUAAGAAGAAGAAAUUACGUUUGGGUUCCUUUAAUGGUUUUCCACAUUCUACACAAUUUGUGCAACAAAAAUUCUUAGAAGAGCCUGUACUUAAGGAUUUUCAAACAGUGGAGCAAUGUACUUUAGAAUAUGAUCCAUUACGAGGAGCUUCUAUAGAUCCACAUAUUGAUGAUUGCUGGAUUUGGGGUGAAAGAAUAGUUACUGUCAAUGUAAAGGCUGAUUCAGUUUUGACAAUGACUCCUUAUCUUGGUCCAGAUACAAAAUAUAAUUUGGAAAGUGUUGCUGAGUAUUCUACAUCACAUGACAAUGUAAAAUUUGUUGAAAUGAAUGAAAACAAAGAUAUUCACAACAUAACUGUGAGAUUACCAAUGCCAGAAGGAUCUCUUAUGGUUCUUUACGGUGCUGCAAGGUACAAGUGGGAACAUUGCGUUCUGAGGGAAGAUGUAAACUCUCGACGAAUUUGUUUAGCUUAUCGUGAACUUACACCUCCUUAUCUAAAAAAUUUAUCAGAGAAUGAAGAAAUAAAAACAAUUUUACAAAGAGCAUUAAUUUUUCAAUGAGAUUGGAAACAAUUUUUACUAGUAAAGAAUGCAAUUUUAAAAUGUCGAAAGUUAUUUAAUCACACAUUUCAUUGUAUAAUCUAGAAACAUAAUUCAUUUUAUUAUGUAUAUUCUCUACAUGGUAAAAGACAUUACCGAAAGAACAAGAAUGGAAAAGCAUUAAUGUAC